AUGGGGACAAGUUCGAGAGACGAGGAGACGAGAAUGGACUGGAGUGUCCAUAGGUUUUGUUUUAGUUUCUAUAAGACUAUACCACUCUGUCAUUUCCACUACGUUGGUCGCCCGUGUAAAUCAGGACCCCACUGCCCAUACCGGCAUGAUCCGUCCAAAGUCGUGAAUUCUGGUUCGGAGGAGGAGUUGAUUGCAAGACCUCGUAUUAAGAACCCUCUAACCCGAAUAGUGCAUCCAAGUAUUAAAAGGCUUUACAUCCGUGGACUUAACUCGAGUGUCCUCGAGCAGGACAUCCGAGACCAGUUCUCCCCCUAUGGAGAGAUCGACUCUGUCAGAAUCUUCCCCCACUUUGGAGACACCUGCGCGUUUUUCACUUACACUACCCAGCUAGCAGCAGAGACGGCCAUGAAAGAGCUCGCCCCCUGGACUUACAUCAACGGUCAGAAGCUUCGCCUCUUGUGGGGACCUCCUCAAGAUACUUUCAACGAAGAGCUGCGGAGAAUUUGUCCUGUCAUUUCAACCCCAGAUAUUGAACGCGAGUCAAGAUACUUGGCUGCCCUGGCCCUCUCCCGCCCCACUGUUCCACCAAACGAAUGGCCUCCGGUGGACUAAGUAGCACUGAAACGGGUACGGGUCAGGAAACGGGGACGGAAAACGGCAAACUUAAAAUUUAUGGAUACGAGGACGACAUGGGUAUGUCAAUAAAAAUACCUAUAGGAUACAAAUAUAUAAGAAACCACACAUAUAUAAGACUCUACAUAAAAAAGUACAAGUAUGUAUUACUAUCCUAUAUACUUGUGUAUAUGCCCAAGACUGAUUUUGGCUUACGU